UUUCCUCCAUGAAUCGGCAAGGAAAAGCGUCCCAGUAGGUAGUCAGCGUUGAAGAAUCGACUAAUAAAGAGAGCAAUCAAAAUUUUCCUAAAUACUGAACAAUAAUUAAUUCCUUUGUGGCUCCAAGUAAGUAAAGCAGUACGGUAAUGAGUGAUCAGAAUGAGACAAUGAAACUCAGUGGGCUCUCCUAUAAACAGCUGCAAGCCCUAGCAAUCAGAUAUAAAGUACCGGGGAAUAUUAGAAAAAAUAUUCUGAUAAAAGUCCUGGAGGCUGUGAGGGAAGGUGAUGAUCUUGGGGUAAAUAAUUUACUGCGUGAGCUACAUCAGACAAGGAAAAAACGCGUUAAAAAAUCUGCCAGACAACUGGAAAAAGAUAAAAUGCUACAUUUGGAGCCAAUAACGACCUACAGUCCUGAUUUUGACCAAGAUAUGUGUUACGCUGUAGGAAAUGUUACUCAGGCUCAACGUGAGACGCUGAUGAAUGUUGAAAGAGAGGAAACAAUGAUAGGAGAUUCCAAUCGCACUGACAAUCAAGUGCAAAUACCAAUUUAUCCGGAAUUUAAUCAAUUCUUGGGAGAAGGAAUGCAAAAUGAGUAUUGCUAUAAUGCUAAUGCCGUUGAGAGGUCUCAGAGUCCCACUAUUGUCGAUUUGCGAAUAAAUUCUUAUAGAGUGGGUGAAUGGAGUGAAAUUGAGAUUCAGAAGAAAAAAAGAUUUACCGAUUGUAGAGGUGAAGAGAAUGAUACUUCAGUUCUUGAUUACAAAAGUUACAGUAAUAUUGAUUCUAGUCAAAUGAUUCAGUAUGAAAGUCCAAGAUUAUUGAAAAAAAUGCUUCAGGCACCGGUGGGUGUUAAUUUAAAGCAACUGGUGAAUUACGAGGAUUCGUAUGAUAUGCCAAACUUGAACAAUGAUGUAUUCGAUGAUUCCGAUACUCUGACAGCUGAUUCUGACGUGAAUGGCAAUGAUAAUGUAAUUGACCCUAAUCAUCAGCACAGUAAUAAUUGGCUUGGAAAUAACACUGACAAUAUCUUCCGGACUUAUGGUGAAGAACGUAUGGACCAUUACGAAUUUAAUUGUCACACUUACUCCACUGAUGUCAUUGAAAAUUGUCAAAAAUGGCUGGCAAAUUCAUCGUCAAUGCUUAGCAGUAACGGUGAUAAUAAUACCAUAAAUAUCGUUGACAAUAAUGAGUACUGUAAUCAAAAUCGCAUUCACCACUCUGUCGGAGUAACGAUUACCAAUAAUGAGAAUUCAACGUAUUACCAUAAUACUGAUGAUCAAUAUUAUAAUUUCCAUCUCAAUGAAAGUAAUGGUAAUCAGUAUGGAUAUCAUCAUCAGCAACAAUCGGAGCAGCAAAACUUUGAGGGAGAUAUAAACAUUAUCGAGGAAAUAGGAAGGGUUGAAACAGUCGACACAUGUGGAGUACAGGAUUCGGAUCAUCAAUGGACAAGUACCUAUGCUAUUCACCGAAAUCAAGGGUCCCUCGAGCCAUUCUACGAGGGCAGUAAUUUCAUAUGCAAUGCUGAAGAGCCACAGUUCGGAUUCCAUAUUAGAUUACCAGAGUACGAUGAAUCUGGAAACGAGCGAUACGGACAAUGUAUGAGGGCUCAGUACACAGGAGAGACAAGCAACGUUCAAGAGUCGGAGAGACUCGACGACUGGAGUCGACCAAAUUUAAUCUCCAAUGAGUUUUCAUCGACGGCAGAUAAUGUCAUUAAUUAUUGUUGGCCUCAAAGUUCCUCGACAGAGAAUCCAAUAAUCCAAGUGCCCCCAGUAAAUUAUAAACUAGAAAAUUUACUCAAUUUAGAGAAAACUUCGUAUCAAGGAGAGCAACUCAACUCCGAUCAGACAUGCUCCGUCUACUGCUAUACGGCGCCAAUUGUUACGCAACGAGUACUUUCUACUCCUUCACUUGCCUCUAAGAAGAACUAUGGCGGAAUCAUGGAACAGUAUAUGGAUUCCGACAAACAAGCCUCUUCUUCAUUGACCACUAAUAACUUUCCAUCCAGUAAUAUUUACGCUCCAUUGAUGUGCCGUCCGUUGUACUCAAAUAAUUUGAUGGAUUUAUCCAGUCAAACGACGUGUGAAGAAGCGACAGAUGCUAGUAACAUUGAUGUUACUCCAGCAAUUCAUACAAGUACGUGGUUUACUGAGUAUCCAGCUGUUGAGAGUGGUGAUAGUACUCAGGUUUACAACCGUUAGAGACACGUUGAACGGUCUUUUUUUUUCAAGUAAAAAAUCAUAUUAUUUUCUAUUUUUUUCUACUAUUUUUGUACGCAACUGUAAGUAUAAGGGAUUAUCCUUAUACAUGAGCCAUUUUGUUCAAUUUCUCACUGGGAACUAGGAGAAAGAUUAAAUGGUAAACAUAGGAAAGUCACGCGAACUAUUAUAGUUUGGAAUUAUAGUUCGGAUAAAAAUCAACGAUUUCUUACAUAUAUUAUUAUUACAACUGGAUAAUUGAUCCUCAUAUAGAUAUUAUGGAUUUAUUUACAAUGAAAUUAUUCCGGUAAAUCCACUUUUUCUGUACUAAUUGUUAUUUUCAUUAAUAAAUCAAUCCAUCAUA